CAGAACACAAGGAGAAGCAGGAGGUCAGCAAGGUGCUCGGUCUGCUGGCCAAGAUCAGAAACCGGACGCGCGUGUCGCCAGCCCUCAUCGCGCGGGGCGGGGCGCGCACUGGCGUUCCGGGCGGAAACGGAGGACGCUCGAGGUCGAGAGCUGGAGGUGCUGGACGCAGCCGCGUGGGAGAUGGCACAGAGUCGCCUGCUGGGAGAGCAGCCUCACCAGCACCAUCAGCCGCGAGACCCGCAGGACGAGCGGACACGACGCCUGCUGACGCGACAAGCGAUUCCCCGGAAGGCAGCUCGCGGCCGCCGACGUCGUCAACAGCAGCCGGUCCAUCCCCUGCCUCACCGUCUGAAGCGGCAGCUGAUGUCCCCACCACGUCUGAGGUAGCAGCUGAUGUCCCCCCCACAUCUGAGGUAGCAGCUGAUGUCCCCACCACAUCUGAGGUAGCAGCUGAUGUCCCCACCACGUCUGAGGUAGCAGCUGAUGUCCUCACAACUGUCCUCGCGACCCCGCAGUCUAGCAGCUCGACGGAACGGGGCACCUCCAGGCAGACCGCCGGUCGGGGAGGACCAUCAUCGCGGAAGAGUUCAGACGCCCGACGCCGUGGACGCCCGGAAGCGGUGUGGGCAGGCGCAGCUUCGACGUCGGAGAACACCGCGUCUGCCGAACGCCGUCGCCGCCUCGAGUCGCUGCGCCGGGCCUAUCCCGUGGAGAACAAGAGCAGCCAGAACCUGCUGGCGCGCCGCCUACGGCAGCGGCAGAACGUGUUCUCCGCCUUGGGCGGCGAUGGCGGCCACAGGGCGGCGUCGACAGGGCACGACGGCGGCUCCACGGCCGCCGCACUGCCGGCCGCGCUGCUGCCCACCAUGGCACCGCUGCCGAUCCUGCUGUCGACGUUGCCCGCGCCGUUCCGGGCGGGCCUGAUCACGGCGCCGCCGCUCCGACGCAACUUCACCGUGAGCGUCACGUUCCCGCCGACAUCGCAGACGACCGUGCGCACCGGGGGACGCUCGCCGGGUGGCGGCGGCGCGGCGGUGACGUCGGCUGGUCAGCCGGCCGGACGUGUGCUCGGCACCUCCCUGCAGACGUCCGUGUCGGUCGCCGUCUCGCCGCUGGAGUUCAAGCUGCGGAAGCGGGUCAGCCUGGCGCAGGCGGCGAACGAGGCAAGGGGACGUGAUGCCGGGGACAGCGUAGCGGCCGGGAAACGGCAGGGAAGCGAUGCACAGCGGGCAGGUGGCGGGCGGGCGUCUGGAGAGGUGUCUGAGGGAGACACCGCGCGGACAAGUGGUCCCAGUGGUGAGAGCAGCGCGCUGCCGGAGCUUGACGACCCGCCGGCUCCGUCGACGACCACCGAGAGAUCGCGCAACGCCUCCACCACGCAGACGUACAGCCCCACGCCGGAGCAGAGCUUCGACCAGUUCACGGUGCGCGCGCCGCGGCUGAGCCUGGCCGAGGUCGCGGCGGCCGCCGAUGCCAGCAACAGGACCCGGCACACCAGCCCGACCUCCACCGCCUCGUCCCACUGGCAGGAGGAGGACGAGCUCGUCCAGCGCGUCCUGGAUGCUGGGCCCACCUCGUCGACAGCCCCGCCGAGCGCGGCGAGCUCGCCGCUGCCAUCGGUCGGUCGGCGGCGGCCAGCGGUGCGCGAGGUGUUCGCUGAGGAGGUGCUGCUGACGGAGGAGGCUGAGAGUCGGCCGCUUUACCUGGUGUCGCUGCUGUUCGUGCUGCCCGUCGUGGCCGUGGCGCUGUGGUACCUGAAGAAGAACCACCUGGACAUGCGGCAGCUGGUGCCUCAGCGUCUGAAGUCGAUGUUGGGACCCGACUCGUCUGACGUCACCAGGGAUGACGUCACCAGGGAUGACUUCUACCUGCCGACAGAGGAGACCAGCAGCAAGGUCGCCACGAUGCUGAUCCAGGACACGCUGGCGCGGCGCAGAAAGUGGGAGCACGACCGGCAGCGCCUGCGCCUGCAGGCCGUCCUGGGAGAGGGGCACUUCGGCCAGGUUUGGAGGGCGGAGGCGGACGGUGUGCGUGGUCACGAAGGCACGCUCCUGGUCGCUGUUAAGAACGUCAAAGACAGCGCUUCUGCCAAAGAUAAGCAGGACCUACUCCGCGAGUUGCGAAUCAUGCAGAACCUGGGCAGCCACCCGAACGUCGUCACACUGCUCGGCUGCUGCACAGAGGAAGACCCGGUGCUGGUCGUGAUGGAGUACGUGGUGUUCGGCAAGCUGCUGACGUACCUGCGUGAGAACCGCGGCCGCCACAACUACUUCAACUUCUCGCACGACUCGGCUGUGCUGACCUCCCGCGACCUGACCCUGUUCGCGUGCCAGGCGGCCGCCGGCAUGGAGUACAUCGCCGCGCAGGGGAUUGUGCACCGUGACCUGGCCGCUCGCAACAUCCUGGUGGACCACAACAAGGUGUGCAAGGUGUCCGACUUCGGCAUGUCCAGGAGCCAGCAGGAGAUCAGUUCGGAGGUGUUCGAGCAGAAGCACCGGGGUGCUCUGCCGAUACGUUGGAUGUCGCCCGAGUCACUCUACCACAACACCUUCAACCAGAAGACUGACUGUUGGAGCUUCGGCAUCCUUCUCUGGGAGAUCAUCACACUGGGUUCGACGCCGUACCCGGGCCUCUCAGCGCGGGAGGUGAUGCGCUCGGUGCGAGAGGGCUACCGGCUGGAGCGGCCCGACCACUGUCACCCGCAGCUGUACCAGCUGGCCGCCAGCUGCUGGGCUGCAGAGCCCAGCUGGCGGCCCAGUUUCGCCGAACUCCGCAACGACCUGGAGGUGCUGCUGGAGGAUCAGAACCAGGGCUAUGUGGACCUGGACCGGUUCCAAGAGGAGAUAUACGGCACAUUGCAUAAAUCUAGCGAUGAAAAGGUCUAGCUUGUGAAGCAACGCUACUGAAGCAAGACGCUAAGGACGGCCACGCUUUGUUUAGAGCCAAGGCACAACAUUCCGUUGUCUGGGGUAGGACCCGAGCUAGAGCAUGUGCAUGGCAAUGACGGCGACAGCAACUGCUGCACGAUGCUGGAGGCUAUUCUGAAGAACAUGAACUUGUGAUAAAUUACCGCGUUUUUUUAGCCAGCGAGCGAUAUAAACUGGGGCGAUUGGUCCGAUAACUGCCGCAGUUGGCCGUGUCGUAGGCUGCCGGAUUGAUAUCGUUCUGAGGAUGAAUAUUCACCCAUGCUGCUGGCAAUAGUGAGCGAGCUGCAGUACAUGCUCCGUCCUUGUGAACCGAGCCUCUCGUGUUAUGUCCAUGUGUCCAGUAUUUUCAUCAUACACUUUCUUUGUUUGUUAAUGGUUUUUAGACGUAUUAUCUUUGUGAGGUCAUGUGAGAUCGUCUUUGUCGCUCAAUGCAAUGCCGUAUUAUGUGUGAUGACUUGUUUGCUGAAUGAAUUUUUAUAU